GUCUGUAUUAGCUUCCUUGCAACAACCAUUGCCUUACCUUCCCCAUCGCUUGAGAUUGGAGGUUGCCAAACCCUUCAGCAAAGUGGAAACACAGGACAUGGUGUUCUUGUUUCGUUUUCCGUCACCCGACCCACAACUCGAACCCUGAGGCCCCGAAGUCUCCAAAAAGCCCGGACUCACCGCUUUUAGCACAUGACUGGGUCUUCGGAUGGGAGGGUUUUUGCUGUCUUCUUGCGUCGUCAUUGGAGAACACAGGCGUCGUCUUCUGUCUCAAACCUCCCAUCUUUUGGAUUCACCUCCAGCACCGCAAAUGCGGGUAGAUCGUUUCCUGGAAGCUACAAGCAGACUGCAUUUUUCCGCCGCGUCCCGCGUGGACUGCAGAUGAAUGCAGGUCAUGUCUCCUCACCACUGUUGAUCAUUCUGCCGGGCGGCAGUGGCCGCGAGGCGGUGCUACGCCGCAUCCUAGCCACGCUCGACCGGCCGGUGGCCGUGCUGGUACCACGGAGGCUUCAGGAGGCCUCGGCCUGGGCCAAGCCUUUGUGCUCGGCAUGGAUCGAGUGUGAGCGUUUAGAUCCAGAAGAGGCCUGGACGGCCGUGUCCGAAUGGAUGGCCAGGACUCGCCAGCGGGUGGCAGGUUGUACCACUUGGGACGAGUGGGGGAUUGAGAUCUGUGCCUACCUGUGUGCUGCGGAGCGCUUGAAUCUACCAUACACGCCCUUGGCCACCGUACGACAGGUGCGCAACAAGGUCCGCUUCAGAGAGGCCUGUGGCAAGGCCGGCGUGCCCACUCCCCGCUUUGCCAAUGCCCACACGGAGGAUGAGCUCCUGCGGGUUCUGGAGAAGGACUGGAGCUAUCCUCUGAUCUUGAAGCCCGCGCGAGGUGCUGGCAGCUACUACUGCCGCAAGGUUGAGGCCAAAGACGAGUUGCUGGAGGUCUUCGCAGCCUUUGAUGGCCAGCUGCGCAGCGAAGGGAAGACUCCUGAGGAGGACGUGCGCGGCGGGUGGAUCUUGGAAGAAUGGUUCAGCGGCUGGGAAGUGGAUGUGGACGGCUGGGCGAAGGAUGGACAAGUGGAAUGGAUGUUGGUUUCCGACAACAAGCCGCUGCAAAGCCAUGCUUGCUGUGAGAUGGGUGGUGUGUAUCCGUCCCAGCUUCCGGAGCACUUGCAGGAGGGUUAUUCACCUCAACUUCCGAUGGGCUGGCAGGCCCAGGUGGUUCGUGCCAGCCCUGGCCUGCAUUCAGUCUUCCAUUUCGAGGCCUUGGUGAAUCUGGAGACGCAGGAGGUGAUGCCGGUGGAGCUGAACUUGCGCGUGGGCGGUGCGGAAUGCCCUUGCUGUGUGGAGGCGGUGUCGGGCGUGUUUCUGCCGUUGAUGGCUGCCCGCUUGGCAAUUCCAAGCGUUCUGGACCAGAGCCCGGUUCAAGCGCUUGAAGCGCCACAGGUGCAGGUGGCGGCUUCCACCAAUGAGUACGCCCAGCACAAGGGUGUGGUGGAGGCCUGCGAAGGCUCUGAGGAGUUGUAUUCUGAUCCCUCCUUCCUUGGCGCCGCCUUCUUUGCCACGAAGGGCUCCAGCUACGAGCCCUUACGCGGCGCCAUGAGCUGCCUUGCUUGGCUGGCUGCCGGCGGACGGGAUGCGAACGAGGCAGAGCAGAAUCUGCAACGCUGCCUCUCCUUCUGCAGCUUGAAGGUGCUGCCUGUCUCUGAGCCAGCCAGUGAAAUGACGUGAGCUGGGUGC